AUGUUAUUGUCUAUAAAGCAUAAGGACUUGAAACUUUUGGGCUGUGAUGGAGUAUAUGGAACAUGGAUAAGGGCGUAUGAAUAUGUAUAUUCACCUCUCAGCAACGAAGACUUCAGCAUUGAACAACUCAAUAAACAGUUCAAGGAUAUGAUAAAGGAAGCUGCACUUGACGUAAGCCGUGUGAACGACAGGCAAAGCUCCAGCAAGCUCUCGGGAGAAACUAACAAGCUUAUGCAAAAACAUCGUAUCUCUGACACUCUGGAUUCUAGCCAGCCUAAAGAACAAGAAGGCUUCCGCACUUUAUACACAACAAAAGACCACGUCCACACGCACACCCAAAUAAGAAUAAACGACUAUAGGAAAUCCCUGUAUAUGGCACUCAUCGAUUACAAAAAGGCAUUUGACUCUAUUCAUAUACGUACAGUAUUAGAAGCUACUCGAAGGCAAGGAGUAAACGAGGUAUAUUGGAAAAUGUUGGAAGAUGUAUACAAAGAUGGAACAGCAACCAUCAAGCUCCACACGGAGGAAAUAUUCAAGAGGCUAGAAUGGCAGUCGAUUGCUGCAGGCUGA